AUGGCGAAAAAAUUGGAUAUCGCGGUGGAUCCGGAUUUCUACUCUAUGGUCAAUGACUAUGGAAUAGAUCCGCAGGACAUUCACUCGGAUACUACCUCGAUCGCAUCCUCGAUCGCGCGAGGACGACUGGAAAAUGGCCGAAGAUACCAGGCCAUUAAAGAAGAUGACUACUGGGGUCCUUCUGAUGAGCAGCAAUUCGAGGCGUUUGAGAUUGGUCAUAUGGUGUUUCUCGUGCUAGAUCACAAUCGGCCAAAUCCUCUGUUUCGCGCUCCUAUCGGCAAUUCACCCAAGAAUAUUCUAGACAUCGGAACCGGUCAGGGGAGUUGGGCAAUUGACGUUGCCGAUCGAUUUCCGCUAACUACCGUCCGCGGAGUGGACAUCUUUCCUCCACCUGUAUCAUGGAUGCCCCCGAACUGCAUCUUCGAGGUGGAUGAUGUGCUCCGUGAGUGGACCUGGAGAGAGCCGUUUGACUUCAUUCAUAUGCGUCUAAUGUAUGGCGCAUUCCCUCCCGAGGGAUGGGAGAAGCUAUACAAACAGGCCUACGAUGCUCUAGAGCCUGGUGGUUGGAUCGAACAAAUGGAAUUAGACGUGCGAGUCUACAGCGAUGAUGGUACCUUGAAGAAAGAACAUCAGCUACAUGGAUGGGGUGACAUGUUCAUUAAAUGCUCCGAGCAAGCUGGACGGUCACUCAGAACUCAUGAAACGAUGCGCAGCGCGAUCGAGAAAGCUGGAUUCAUUGAUGUGCAUGAGGAAAAGUAUAAGAUUCCCCUGGGACCUUGGGCUAGAGAUCCCAUACUCAAGGAGGCUGGACAUCUUCAGUGGGCCCAUUGGAACGCCGCGCUAGAAGGUUGGGCGAUGUGGCUUCUCACUCACUUUGGGGAGCCAGAGCCGUGGACAAAGGCCGAGGUUGAGGUAUUUCUGGCUAAAGUGCGCACAGAGCUGAAUAACCCGCAUAUUCACGCUUAUGAACCUGCAAACCGCGUGUGGGCAAGAAAACCUACUGUGGAGGAAUUGCAAGCGAAAGCGAAUAUCAAGAUUGAGACA